AUGGCACCAAGCCCAAAUUUUGAAUGGCCAUCCUACACCAAGACCGUCCACCGCAGUGUCUAUCCAGCAAUUGAUCCGGCCCAUCCGGCCAACUCCGCAGCUGGUAAAGUGGUCGUUAUCACAGGCGGAGGCUCGGGCGUAGGAAAGGGCAUAGCCCAAGCCUAUGUAAGAGCCGGCGCCAAAUCCGUCACGAUUCUCGGCCGUCGCGAAAACAUUCUUCUGGAAGCGAAGAAAGACCUAGAGAAAUCCUCUCCAAGCACCAAGAUCCUGACAUUCACAGCCGACAUCCUCGACGUCAAGGCUCUGGACAACGCUUUUGCAACGACUGAGAAAGAAGUUGGUCCUAUUGACAUCACCGUCGCGAAUGCGGGAUACCUUCCAAGUCCUGGCGCGAUCACGGAUGACAAGCUGGACUUGGAGGAAUACAUGAGCUCUUUCGAUAUCAAUGUCAAAGGCACGAUCAACACUUUUAGAUCGUUCAUGAAGCAUAAGUCGUCCCAAGGCGAGCCAACCUUCAUCUCCCUCAACACCGGAGCAGCUCACGUUCCACCCUUCCCCAGCGGAUCUUCAUACGCGGCCUCAAAAUCAGCUCAGGCUCAGGUGGUCAGUGCUUUUCAAACUGAGAACCCCGAUGUGAGGGUCGUGCAGUUCCAUCCUGGUGUCAUUGAGACAGAAAUGUUUCACAAGUCUGGUGUGCAAUUGACUCUGGAUGAUGUAAGUCUGCCGGCGUCUUUUGCGGUGUGGUUGGCGAGUCCGGCUGCGAGCUGGGUCAAAGGAUUGUUUUUGUGGGCGCAUUGGGAUGUUGAGGAGUUGGAGACGUGUAAGGAUGAGAUUCUGGCGGAAGGACAUUUAAAAUUGACUCUUGCGGGAUUCCCGAAUGUGGCGAAACCUGUUGUUGUGGUGUAG